CAAACCUGUCACCCCAGACCAACAAGGCCAGUUACAGGAUAUCCAGAGCACAUGUAGCAGUGCUCUAUCAGCCUUUCAGCUGGGUGAUAAAUAUUAAAAACGCCCAUCAGACAACAGCAGAUACUGCAAGUGUGUGAGGGAUGUCCUUUGUUGUGUCAGUGCGUGGAGCACAUGAGUCCUGCGUAGAUGACAUCGCUGCUUCGCGCACUGAAGCCGCAGCUGGAGGAGAGCUGCUGCGUCAGGUUGUAGUCUCGAAGCUCCACUCACGAUGCUAAGCAGGCUGUGGGCAACGAUGGGCCACGCACUGCUGUGAACAACAUUAAUCGGCCAUACGAGGUGUUCGUUGGAUCAGUGUGCACCGAGUCCGCGAUGAUGUCCUCGUACUACCACCCGGCUAAAGAAGCAGACAUGGCGGCCAUGACAGAACCGCUGUGCCUGGAGAGAGAUGUAUGCAGGGUGAUCGAGCUGCUGGACCGGCUGCAGCGGACUGGUGAGCUGCCUCCUCCCAAACUGCAGGCCCUGCAGAGAGUCCUACAGAGCAAAUUCUGCGCUGCCAUCAGAGAGGUUUAUGAGCAGCUCUAUGACACUCUAGACAUUGUUGGAGGACCAGAGGUGCGAGCACAGGCAACAGCCAAGGCCACAGUGGCAGCCUUUGCAGCCAGUGAGGGGCACGCCCACCCAAGGGUGGUAGAACUGCCCAAGACAGAAGAGGGACUGGGCUUUAACAUCAUGGGUGGAAAAGAGCAAAACUCUCCCAUCUAUAUCUCAAGAGUCAUCCCUGGAGGAGUGGCUGACCGCCAAGGUGGGCUGAAGAGAGGAGACCAGCUACUUUCUGUCAAUGGUGUGAGUGUUGAAGGUGAGCACCAUGAAAAGGCUGUUGAGCUGCUGAAGGCUGCACAGGGAUCAGUCAAGUUGGUGGUCCGCUACACCCCGAAGGUGCUGGAGGAAAUGGAGGCUCGCUUUGAGAAGAUAAGGAGCGCCCGGAGACGACAGCAGCACACCAGCUACUCGUUAGUCUGCAGUCAGCAUGUUUAUCUCUAGAAUCCAGAGGCUAACCAGCCCAACGCCUUCAUCUGAUUUAUCAUCCAGACCUCCCGAUUCUUCUGCUCCAGCAGGAAGAAAGACCAUGGAUGGAAGCAAAGAAGUAGUCAACCAACAGCUGUUACCUGAGCUGAAGCAUUGAAACCUGCAGUUUAGGAUCCUCGUGCCACUUUCUUAGACAAAUGAAAAAUCUGAGCUAGCUUGUAGUCAGAACGUGCCUGUAAAUUUCUUUUCCCAGAGUGAUGUCUUCCUGAGCAUCCUGUUACAUACGGCCAAAUAUUCUCUCUGGUGUGUAGCUUAAUCAGAAUCUAAACUGCACAUUCUCAAGUGUUUUAUAGUACACUGCAUUUCUGAUUAGAGUCCACAUUCUGCAGUAGACCUCGGUAGCAGAAAAAACAUUUCCCAGGAUAGACCCAGAUAGAAGGCUAAGUGUUGGCAUUUGUGAAUGGCUUGUUCCAUUUUGUGAAAUUGUUGACAUUUUUUUGUAUUUUAUUUUUUGUCUCUAUAUUUAUUGGCAAAUUUCCCAUGAAUUAAAGUCAGUGUAAAAUGAA